AUGGGCAUCACCUUCCAAGCUGGAGGAGCUAGGUGCACGGACCAGAUGAUAGUCCUCCAACAGGGCGGAAGCGAUACAUUUCUACCGUCUGCAAAUCGACAAGAGCGCGCCGGUGCUCGACAAAGCGACGACCUUGUCAUCCCCGAUGCCGGCACGAUGCAGGCGCUCUGGUCUCGCGGGGGCCAGGCGCGCAUUUGCAGCUGCCGAGGAUGUCUUCAAGCGACCAGCGGCAUGAUUCGACACUCGGCGACGAGGGCCACUCGACGUAAACCCACCUUCGGAGAGGUGUUCACGGUCUUCUAUACCUCCAUCAUGGGCACUGCUGCCAUGCUAGAUGCGAAGCAUAAGGACGACCGUAGGAAGGAGUUGGCCCGCCAGCUAGAAGAGGCCAAGGCGGAUCUGAACAUGGUAAUGGAGUUGGCUGAACGCUAUUCAGAUCCUGCUGCGGCAACGGUACCGGCUGGUGAUAUUCAAAACCGCUGCAAAGGCGCGUGGCGCGCGGCUCGUGUGCGGCAAACCGGCAUCGCAGAAUUCCUGGAUUCCCUCGGGGAUGCAUCUACUUGGUCGAGAAUGCCGGUACGAUCUGAUGAUUUACAAAAGCUGCUGCGAGCCUCUGGUCUCCCUCAGUUGCAACGGAGCAUUCAGGAGGGUAAAAAGACGGACUAUGACGCCCUUCAACGCCGCCUCGACCAAGAAGAGUCCUCCCCACACAUAGCCCACAGAGCCCCGAGGAGCACCCGGCAGUUAAGCGCCCAGGAGAAUUCCACUCGGUCCUUGGUUGUCCAAUUACUAAAGGCGGCCGGGCUUUCAGAGCUCGAAAUCUAUAAGGAAUGUCUUGUCGACUAUUACUCAGCCCAAGCGCCUCGAGAAGCCGGGUCGAGCAAGGAACGCAGGGUGUGGCAGUACCCGUCCUACGUCGGAGCACGCGGCCACCCCGAGGAUCUUAUGGCUCGCAGCGUGGAACUCAAUCGCAGCCUGCGGAUUAUUUUGGACAAUUCUCGAGCGGCGAUGCAAAGAGACUCCUCGUGGGAACCCAAGGAAAGCGUCGCCAAGAUGUGUCAUAACCUUCUCGUGUCCCCACAUCCUCCGACAAUCCAUACCCUUACGACUCUUAUACUCGGGUUUGAUCGCAUGGGCCAGCAUGGCCUGGCGAACGCGGCCGUUCGGCACUUCCUUUACUUUUCCAAGCUGGAGCCGACACAACAGGCGUUGGUCUGCCUGCUCAAUCAUUACAAAGAGCAGGGUGACUUGGUCCGCUUUUACGGAAUCAUCCAGCGGUGUACCGGCCGCGACGCUAGGGGGAUCAAUAUCAGACGAAAGACGGUCGAAGAUGUCCGCCGGCAUACGUACUUGACCAAGUGGGCCAAAAUCAAAGAUACGGCGGUGCAAGACGGCUUCAUCAACGAGCGGCCGUGGUUCGGUCCAGACGUCAUGACGGCCUUCGUUCAAGGCCUACUUUCGAUGGACUGCUUACGACAGGCGGUGGCGACAGUGAUAUUCUGUUGGCAGCGCGGCCUCUAUAUCGGGUCGCAGACGGUGCGACAGAUGCUGGACCAAUGCGCCCAUGCCUUGAGCGAGGAUGUUGCGACGCGUCUCGUCAAAAUUCUCGCCACAGUUGAGCCACGAACCCCCUUCGGCGUAUCCAACCUAGCUUCGCCCAAUGGCGGCGCUCCGCUUGGAGGUUUGGAGAGGCUGUUGGACUUUCUCGAGUUAGGAUCUCCGGCCCAAGUCCUAUUGGUCACGCAAGAGGCGGAAGUGAUGAGCCCAGGCCUUGCCGAACAGCAAGAACGGCAAACAUCUGUUCAGCCCAUGAUUCUCCAACGCCACGUGGACGAAGCUCAAGCGAGAUUGGACACACUUCGGAUCGCCGUACGAGAAGCUGUAGAGACUGGGAGGGAACUUGGAAGUGUCACGGAGUGCAGCUUUGCCGAUGGCGGAUACAUCGAUGACCACGCCACGGCAUCCAGUGAUGGAUGUAGCCCGGACAACAACAAGUGGAUAUGGCGGGCUCGAGGUGGCGGGCAGCCCUCUACCAACGUCAACAUACGGCAACAGAUCUAUUGGGUUAGGCGUUGCCUGACUUCGCUGGUACGGAUCAGCCAUUGAUAGAACGGCACUUGCAGAGUCUCAUAUCUUUGUCCUCGGAGAACAUGUUUAAGGUGUUCUUUAGACGCGACCGACUGGAUCCGUAUGCCAACGUCGGUCGACGUUGGUGUACUGUACUUUUAUCUUUCUUCGCCGCACUCUACCAGUCAAUGAAUGUAUCCGUAUUCCAGCUAGUCUACUCAGCAGCAGACACUUUUGGGCUGGGAUUGAAGGUGGGGGCGGGGCCAAAGCGGGAUAGUGAACCACAUGAUGUUGAAGAAGCAGCUGGGGCUCGCCAAUUUCAAUAGGAGAUUCAAUGUCCCGCACGUCCCUUCAACCUUUGCUACGUACUCGACAGCCUGGUAGUCGGUCUGUGUUUAGAGGGUCUUUCUACCUCGUAGUUCUUUGGAUCUGAAAAUUCGUCAGAAGCAACACCCAAUGAGAACUGGCCAAAAGUGGUUAGACGGCCGUGGUCAACUGCUGAUAUCAUAUCCGUAGACAUGCUCG